AUGAAGUUCUCGGCCCUUCUCACCCUCGCCCCUCUGGUGGCUGCCCUUCCAGGCUCCAAGGAGAAGAGCUCCAACGCUCCAUUUGGCGUGAUCUCCGCUCGGUCCGCUUCUCCUAUCCAUCUGCAGCCUCUGAACGCCGCAGGCGGCUACUUCUGGCUUGGUGGUAACGCCCACACUUACUCCCCUGUUCCUGGCAUUCCCGAAACCAACCAGACCGUCAUCACCGGAGGACACUUCCUCGACGUUCAGGUGCCUGGUGGCCAGGCCAUCUACGUGGAUCCCAAGGGUGCUUUGCGCUUCACCUCUCCUCAUUCCGCCUACGAGCCUGCUGGCUCCUCUGACGGCCCCUUUGCCUACACUCCUGGCACCUCUUUCGGCCACUGGAGCUACAACGGACAGGGCGCUUCCGGCUUCAUGGCCUGCCCUAUCACCAACGGUACUGCUGGAUACCGCCGUUCACGUCGGGGUGCUGCUCCUGCCCCCAAGUGGCAGGUGUAUGCUGCUAUGCAGAACGCUACUGUUCCCUCCGGAAACGUUCGUGACUGCAUUGGCUUCGAUGCUCUGGCUGUUGCUGCAAACUCUACUACCCCUGCUGCCUGGGAAUAUAUCUAA